GAGUCCCCGGUCCCCAAUCCAGUCGCGUCUUACCUUCGUGUCGAUGCUGGCCCAUCCCCCUCCGUAAAAAAGAAAAACGACCACAACGCCCGUGAACCACCAUCAUGGCGACCAUUGCUUUAUCUCGACCCGUUGCACCACAUCGCCCCUCCUCUUUAACCUCGACCAUCACCCUCGACACCCACCCUUCGCAAUGCCCCGUUCCCGUGCCCAACAAGCACAUCCCCGUGUGCCCUCCAGGACCCAUUCCCCAGGAGGAGCCCACCACGCCGCCGCCGUCCCCGAUUAAAGAGGAGGACCAGCUGGCCCGCUCACUAUUGUACCCCCCGGACAAGUACCCGCGAGUGGACAUGGGCCGUCUAUCUCUCUACAAGGUCGACGCCGACGGCGUAGCUGCCGCUCUGGACCAUGUCGCCCGCCAGCCGCUCCCGGAACCCUCCCAGGUCUUCCCUUGGCUACACGGCCUCCACCCGUCCAACGCCAUCCAGCAAGCCUUCUUCAUGGCCCGGAAGCGCGCCCUGCGGAGGACACCCCCGUGCCUCCGCGGCAUCACCGUGGUCAAGGCCGACGGAGAUCUCAACGUCUCCCGGCUAAAGGGCGCCAUCUCGCCGGACGAGUUCCUGCAAUUAGGGGGACCCAUCUCCGAGUUCAUCGACGCCGAUCCCAGGGAGGGCUUCUCGGUGCGCAACUUUCAGAUCCAGGCGGCCAAGUCGGCCAUGACCUCGGACAUCAUCGUCUACGGGAACGACAACGUGGCGGUGCGGAAGCUGGGUUGGGACGUCGCUGCCGCCCAGCAGAGGUGGCGGGACCGGCACGACGCCAUGCGGCACCACCUGCCGCGGUACAACACUUUCAUCUGCGUCAGCCCCUUCGCCGAGUUCGAGGAGAAACACCCCGAGAUCGUGUCGGUCAACUCGGAGGGGCUGCUCACGGGGACCGUGCUCGACUUCUUCCACCAGGAGCGGCGCGAGAUGUACGAGAUGACGCGGGCGUCCGAGAUCUCGCACAACGUGUGGCUGGGGCCAACGCCCGACGCCGGGUCAGAGGAGGAACAGUUCUACGACGUCCUAAUCGAGUGCAACGACCUGGGCCGGCUGAACCCGACCGCGCUGCAAACCAUCGCCGAGGGCCCGGACGACGAGACCAAGCAGUACCACCUGGACUUCCCCUCCUCCGGCAGCAUCCUCGCACCGACCUGGUCGCACGCCGAGGCCGACGGCAUCCUCGACACCUGCACCUGGCUCUACCACCUCGCCCACGGCACCCGGCCCCCAACAACCACAACAACCACCACCACCACGCCACAACCGCCCUCAUCCCCCUCCCCCUCCCCCUCCGACCUUAUGAGCACACCCACACCAACACCCACCCCACGCCCCCGCAAAAUCCUCCUCCACUGCAACGACGGCUACACCGAAUCCACCCUCCUCGCCGUCGCCUACCACUCCCUCGCCACCGGCCAGCCCGUCCCGCAGGCCUGGCUGGACCUGCACACCGCCCGCCAGCGCAACCUGUUCGCCUACCCCUCGGACGUCGGCCUGUUGGGCGCCAUCGCGCCGCGGCUGCUGGCUGCUUCUCCUGUGAUAGGAGCGUCGUCCUUGGAAGGAGUUGUGGGGGAAGGGGGGGUGAUGGGGCAGGUGGAGGAGCCGCGGUGGUGGGCGGGGUUUGACGGGUCGUUUCCGAGCCGCGUGCUGGGGUACAUGUAUCUGGGGAACUUGGGGCAUGCGAAUAACCCCGAUCUGUUGCGGGCGCUGGGGGUGGGGCAGAUUCUGAGCGUGGGCGAGACAGCCAUGUGGCGGGAUGGGGAGCUGGAGGCGUGGGGGGAGGGGAAUGUGUGUCUGGUUAAAGGGGUGCAGGAUAAUGGGAUCGAUCCGUUGACGGAGGAGUUUGGGAGGUGUUUGGAGUUUAUUGACCGCGGCCGCCGCAACGGCACCGCAACGCUCGUGCACUGCCGCGUCGGCGUCUCCCGCAGCGCCACCAUCUGCAUCGCCGAGGUGAUGCGCAGCCGGCGCAUGUCGUUCCCGCGCGCCUACUGCUUCGUGCGCGCCCGCCGCCUCAACGUCAUCAUCCAGCCCCACCUGCGCUUCGCCUACGAGCUGCUCAAGUGGGAGGAGCUUUUGCGCAGCGGCGGCGGCGGUGGUGGUGGUGGUGGUGGUGGUGGUGGUAGCGGUGGUAGUAGUGACGGUGAUGGUGGUGGUAGUGAUGGUGACGGAGAAGGGGGAUUCGACGCCGCCGACUACGCCGAUGGCGGCUUCAAGCGCGAGCUGGAGUGGGGCGAGAUCGCCCGCGAGAUCGCCCUCAUGAAUAAGCCUUAUGCUCGAUGAGCUGGCUGGCUGGCUGUCUGGAUGAGCAAAAAGGGGGUGGGCACCUCCCCCGGUGGGAGUGCUUUCCUUCUUCCACUCCUACUUUAUCUAGCCUCUGGCUCACUCACCUUGCCUGUUUGUCAAGACGACACACUCCCCUUUCUUUCCUUUCCCUACGACAUUCCAUAUACUGUUUUAGUUACGCAAG